CCCAGGCAAGAGCGUUACUUGUGGGAGCAGCAGUGAGCCAUGAAGCUAGCAAUCCUUACUGUCCUACUACUGGGGGCGGCAGUGCUGUGUCUGGGCAGCAAAGAUGUCGAUCAUUCUAACAGUGUGGGGGAGUCUCACAGCUCCGAAGCUUUUAUCUCCAGACAAGAAUCUGCCAGUUUUGCGAGACUCAAGCGCAGUUACGGGAAUAAUGUAGGCCAAGGUGCAGCCGUGGGGUCCCCCCUGGAGUCCCAGCGAGAGGUGUGUGAGCUGAACCCCGACUGUGAUGAACUUGCAGACCACAUCGGAUUCCAAGAGGCCUACAGACGCUUUUACGGACCGGUCUAAUUGCUCCCCUUCUCCCCCCCUCGACUGCUUGGUACAUUCCCCCAACUGCUACACCCCAUUUGGGAAUCUCCUCCUGGCUCCCCAAACCCACGUCCUCUCUGAUUGGUCUAUAUGUUUCCUGAGAUGCUAUUGGCUUAUAGGGAAAGGUUUUCCACCAAUAGGGGGGUAACACUUUGUAUCAGAUGAAUAGGGUCUCAGUUGCACCCCUUACUAGUGGCCCUUAAUGCAGACACCCAGGGGCCACUAAUAGAAUUUAACAACAGGGAACAUAAUGAGAAAGUAUCGUCACUCCCUACACCCACAGUGUCUGUCUGCAACUCCCAGCACCCCUUGCUGCCAUACUGCUUGCCUCAGCAGACCUAAACUUGAAAAGCCUCCAGAGAUAAAGAGCUGACCCCCCAGUGGUGAUAUUGCAGUUACUUCCUAUGGGGGGACCCAGAUUGACCUCAGCUGAGGCAAGCGACAUGGCAGCUCCUACUCAUAUGUUCUUUAUAGAGUAUGUUCAUUUAAAGGGCCCCUGUGCUAAUAUAGCAAUAAAGCUUUGCCUGCCAUGAAUAUACAAACAAGCCAAGCUUCAUAGGUGUAGCGCCCCCUACCUGCUGAAUGGGCAACUGCAUUCCCUCUACUCUACUGAGUUCUGACAGCGCUAAUGGAAAUACCAUGAUGCACUAUGGGAAAUAGGAACCAGCGCCUUCCCGUAAACCAGAAAAACUAGCCAAUACUUUAUAGGGUUACUCGCCUGCAUGUAAACUGAGUCACGCCGCGUUAUUCUGGGAAUUCUGACUGCUUUGUGGUUGCUAUGCUCACUGGCCCUAACAACCGUACAGUGAUUGGAAUGACAGACAGGGAAACCAAUGAAUUUCUGGCAGGAGAGAAGGAACUAGAAAAGGAAAUUAUUACUAAAGAGGCAGAAAUCUCACAUCAUCAUUGACUUGAUUGUGACAUCAGUACAUUAUAAGGUGAACUUCCCCUUUAAUAAGGUGCUUAUAACAAGAAGCCAAUGGGAAGCUGCUUAUUUUACACUGUCCGGCUGCUUCGCUACCUGCCAAUAAAACAACUUUAUUUACUCC